AUGAGCGAUCAUCUCUCGCAGCAGCUAACAAUGCUUCAAUCUGUCGAGCGAGCGCUCUCCAACUUUAAAAAAGUUGGCAGAGCCAAUUAUACGGCGGCUAAGAUUCGUCAACGAAUGUCAACCUUGAAGGAGACCUGGACACGGUGCAUCGAGAAGCACGCUAUCUUGGCACGAGCGUUCACCGCCGAGCAGCAGCGGACCAUGGACUACUUUUCGAACACGAUUUUCGAAAAUUGCGAGGAAUACUACGAGACAACCCUCGACUACAUGGCUGACUGCCUCGAAGAGCUGGAUCCAACGCCCACCAGAACGAGCCUGUCGCAGUCCACGAUAAGUACCGCUGAACCAUCGUCUUUUUCUUUAACUCAUUUGCCGCCGAUUCAACUACCGCCGUUUUCGGGAAAUGUCGAGGACUGGGAGAGCUUCCGCGAUCGCUUUACUUCUCUCAUAAUUCAAAAUACCGAAUUAACUGCAUUUUCGCGGAUGCAUUUCCUAGCUUCAAGUCUCACCGGUCGUGCGUUCGACACUAUAAAAUCUAUUCAAAUCACCGCGGAUAAUUUUGAGAUCGCGUGGAAAACAUUAGUUUCACGAUUCGACAAUAAACGACGGCUCGUCGACGUGCACGUAUCAGCGCUAUAUUCUCUGCCGACGGUCGCUCGCGAAUCCGCUGUCGAACUUAACGCACUUCGCGACAAAGCGAAUCGCGCUAUCGCUUCUUUAAAAAAUUUAAAUCGAUCACCCGAUCAAAUGUUGAGCGAUAUGUUAGUUUUUAGCGUCACGCAAAAACUUGAUCACGCCACUCGGAAAGCGUGGAAGUUAAAAACCGGUGACGACCCGAACAUUCCUUCGUAUGAAGCUCUCGACCGAUUUCUCGACACGCGCAUUCGUGCAUUGGAGGAAAUCUCUCCGGCUAAUGCUUCCAAAUUCUUGCGCGCGCCAAAGGUUACCAGUGCUAACGCCACUGCCGCUGGUUUAUCGUGCCCAUUAUGUCGGGCCGCGCAUUUCAUCAACAAAUGUCCGCAAUUUUUGAGGAGGACUCCGAGUCAACGCCUUGAAGUCAUUUUAAAAGCGAAGCGAUGCGUCAAUUGUUUGAGCGCAAAGCACGCUGUACAAACGUGUCCAAGUCAAUACUCAUGCAGAAUUUGCCAAAGCAAGCAUCACUCGAUGCUGCACGUUGACUCGGCUUCUUCCUCAACUGCAUCCGCUGUCUCUCAAAAAAACGAAACCUCGUCGAGUGUGUCAUCAGACUCCAUCGCGAUUACUUCGGCCACGGCAUUAUGCUCCCAGCUAACAGGCGUCGCGCUCCCGCAAAUGUUACUCGCGACGGCCCGCGUCACCGUCGGUGCACCGUCGGGUCGGACUCUCACCGUGCGAGCGCUUCUCGAUCAAGGCUCGGAGAUCACCUUCAUCACGGAGCGUCUCGCACAAACUCUCAGAAUGCGUCGCAUUCGCCAACCGCUCUCGAUUUCCGCCGUCGGCGGAAUGAACGCCGGAACUUGUCAAUUCGCCGCUAAGAUUCGGAUCGCUCCGAUCAAUCAAGCUGCUCCCGUGUUCACGACAACCGCGUCGAUUCUCAGAUCUCUCACAAAAUAUUCGCCUUACAAGGCGAAUUCCAACUAUGAUUGGAGCUAUCUAAGCGAUCUCAAUCUGGCCGAUCCGAAUCCAACAAGCGCUGACCCGAUCGAAAUCCUGAUCGGAGCAGACUUAUAUGGCGAAUUGCUGCUUAGCGGCGUUCGUAAAGGCGCCCCUGGGCAGCCAAUUGCGCAGCAAACCAUUUUCGGCUGGGUUUUGUCGGGGCCCAUCUACCUCGCGUUCUUUCGGAGCGGUCCCGGCUAUUCAUUAAGUUCACAUUAA